AUGGGGAGUUUAGGAAUCCAAGCAUUCCAGACCACUUUUGCCGUUCCGCUCCAUUGCGACUCCUGUGUCAAGGAUGUCUCUGGAGCCCUAAAUAAACUGGAUGGCAUCACCAAGGUGGAAGCCAAUCUUAAAGACCAACUUGUUUAUAUUGAAGGAACAGCACCUCCCUCAUCCAUCGUAUCAGCCAUCGAAUCUACCGGACGAGAUGCCAUCUUACGCGGGAGCGGGAGCUCGAAUUCCGCCGGCGUUUGCAUUCUAGAGACUCACGCAAACGGCGUGUCAGAUCCUGUCCGGGGUCUGGCACGAAUGGUCCAAGUUUCUGACAGCCACACACUUGUGGACCUGACCGUGCGUGGUGUGUCCCCGGGGACAUAUCAUGCUACUGUGCGGGACACAGGUGAUAUCUCACGUGGGGCAGCCUCAACAGGCGGGAUCUGGGAAGCCGUCAAGGCCCUUAGUGGCUUCGGUCAGCCUCGUGGUGUGUUUGGGACGAUAGUGGUAGGGAAGGAUGGCCGAGGCAACGUUUUCCUAGACCGGCCAGUGUCAAUCUGGGAGAUUAUCGGUCGCAGCAUGGUGGUGUCGAAACAAACAGAGGGGGCGUUUCAGAAUGACGAUCCGGAUACCUUGGUUGGAGUCAUUGCUCGCUCCGCCGGUGUUUGGGACAACGACAAGACAGUUUGUAGUUGCUCGGGAAAGACGGUAUGGGAAGAACGCAAGGAGCAGGUCGGAAAAGGAAUGCUAUGA